GCCCCCCGCUCCCGUUGCCCUCUUCGUGGGAAUCCCCGACAGCAACGUGCUUUGCUAUACCUCAUAAUAUUUUGGCUUUUUUCGGCCGUUUCAUUUCGCUUCCUCUACUCACACAAGUGACUCACCUCUCUGUGGACAGCGGUAGCGGGAUUUGCAAGCACUAUUGCAUCUCGGCUCUUCCCUCAUUUUCUCUCAGCUGGGAAAGGAGGGAAACAAAUGAUGGAAGAGCAAAAUCUCGACAGUCUGCAGUUGAGCCAGAACCUGCCACUCAGCCAGGACUCCUUUAGGGAGCUGUGGGAGAGUGUAGUGACUCCCUCCAUCUCUACCUUCCCAGCAGCGACUGACUCGGGUCAUGAGGCAUGGAGAGCAGGUGAACAAAUGGAUAUGUUGCAGCUCAUGCAGGAUGAAGUGCUGGCUAACGGAUUUGAUGAGAAGCUGUUUGAGCAGCUACCCCCGGAGACAGCGCCUAAAGAUGGCGUCACUCCCCCGGCUUCCACCGUCCCUGUUACAACUGACUAUCCUGGGGAAUAUGGCUUUCAGCUCAGAUUUCAAAGAUCUGGCAUGGCCAAAUCCGUCACUUCCACUUUUUCAGAGGUUCUCAACAAGCUGUAUUGCCAGCUGGCAAAAACCAGCCCUGUGGAGGUGCUGGUGGUCAAGGAGCCUCCUCCGGGAGCCAUCCUCAGGGCAACAGCAGUUUACAAGAAGACCGAGCAUGCGGCUGGUGUGGUUCGCAGAUGUCCGCAUCACCAGAAUGAGGACCCUGCGGAGCAUCGCAGCCAUCUGAUCAGAGUGGAGGGCAACCAGAGGGCUCAGUAUUUUGAAGAUCCGCACACAAAGAGGCAGAGUGUGACCGUCCCUUACGAGCCCCCCCAGCUGGGCUCAGAGAUGACGACCAUCCUGCUGAGCUUUAUGUGCAACAGCUCCUGCAUGGGCGGCAUGAACCGCAGACCAAUCCUUACCAUCCUGACCCUUGAGAGUCCAGAGGGACUGGUGUUGGGCCGGAGAUGCUUUGAGGUGCGCAUCUGCGCAUGUCCAGGCAGGGACCGCAAAACUGAGGAGGAAAAUAGCGCCAAGGCCCAGAAUGGCACCAAGCAAAGCAAAAAACGAAAGAGCACUCCUGCUCCUGACACGACUUCUGUGAAGAAGUCCAAGUCUGCCUCCAGUGCAGAGGAGGAAGAAAAGGAUGUCUAUGUUCUGCAUGUUCGUGGUCGUGAGCGUUUCGAAAUGUUGAAGAAAAUCAACGAUGGUCUGGAGCUGCUUGACAAAGAAAGCAAAACCAAGCCUAAGGCCUCUGUGAAGGUGGAGUUUCCUCUGCCCUCCUGCGGAAAGAGACUCAUGCAGAGAGGAGAGCGGAGUGACAGUGACUGAGAAGCUCGCUGCCUUGAGCUCUUCCAAGCCAUCGGGUUUAUUUCAGGGCUUUUUUUCUCAUUGGAGUCCAAAAUCACCUCCUGCCUCAGUACGCCAGAAAACUUGAUGAUAACUGUACUGCCUGAACAUUUACUGUACUGUAAGUACUGUACAGUGUCUUUCCAUUUAAGACAUAUGCAAAUGAAUGAAGGUUGAAUACAUUUUGCAGAGGAGAGCAGUUCAUACUGUAGAAAUCAUGCCUCCUCUUCCCCACUGCACCCAUGAAAUGGCUGUAAGAUCUUAAUCUUUCUGUGAUGGCGUCAGACAGGAUGUCGGGGUGGGCACUUCAAACUGGGAGGGACUGGAUUCAAUCAGUGUUAAUUUUGUCUGGGAUUUUAAUUUGAGCGUUAAUCACUCCGUUUUUAAAAUUUAUGUCAUGUUGUCAUUUAAAAUGUAUUACAUUUAGCAGAUGGAAAACCACAGGAGUAGUGUCUUGGUUUUUCAGCGACAUUUUUUUUUCUUUUAUGUUUUGUCAAAAUAGUAAUUAUGAUCUUAAAUUGGUUAUAGAGAAAAAAAAGAUCAGUUUAUCAGUUGAGUCAAACUGAGGCAGACAAGUGAUUUUAAAAAAAAACAAAAAAACGCAAAUAUAACGAGUCACUGCCAUUUAUUCGACGUUAGCCAUGUAAAACUUGAAUGGCUGUUUACCUCCAAUAUUAGUAUUGCUGUUUUACUGUAGCGCAGUUCAUUAAAAUUCACGUUUUCAUUUACCCGUGUGAGGGAAUUUGGCUCUGGCGUUGCUGUCAAACUGUGAUUCAGUGUUCUGUACAAGUCUCUAAAAAACUAAAGAUCAAGAGAAACAAGUCAGGAACCAAUAAAGCAAAACUAAUGAAUUCACAGGUAAAACAAGCUGUUAUUAACAGUGAUAUUCAUACUAUCAUAUGCUGUCAGUGGAGCUUUUCUUCUGUCUUUAUUUUUUUAUUAUUUUCAUUUUUUAUUUUCAAAGAUCAGUAUGUUAUCUUCAGUGAUGCUUGUUUUUACAUGGUGAGGUUGGUCAUAGGGAACUUCAUAAUUAAAAAAAAAAACAAACAUUAAAAUUAACACCAGAUUUGGUAGAUGAGGGGGCUGGCUGGAUCACCCCAAAACGUUAUCACUUUUUUUACUAUCUGCAUGUUUUUAUACACAAGUUUUU